AUGCGGUUUACAUUUGCUGUUGCAGGGUUGCUGUGCGGUCUUCAGGUGGUUGCUUUGCGCAUCCUUCCUCGGACUGCAGUGGAGAGGGAGAAUGAGGUCGCAGCUACACGGUCAAAACGCAGUCUGUACAAGCGUGCCGAUGAGGAAUUGGACCUAACUCUUCUUUACCCUGAGCGCAACCUUUCCGUCCCAAUUGACUUCUUCCACAACGAGACGCGAUACGAGCCCCACGAGAAUGGGACUUUCGACCUGAGAUACUGGUUCGAUGCUACCUACUACAAGCCAGGAGGACCCGUCUUCGUCCUUCUCGGCGGAGAGACUGAUGGAGAGGGUCGUCUCCCCUUCUUGCAAAAAGGCAUCGUCCACCAGGUCAUCAAGGCCACUGGCGGUCUGGGCGUCAUUCUCGAGCAUCGAUACUAUGGAAAGAGUUUCCCGGUUCCCGAUCUUACGACCAAGAACAUGCGAUUUUUGACGACGGAGCAGUCGCUCGCUGAGAUUGACUACUUUGCCCGCCAUGUGAAAUUCACGGGCAUCGAUGCAGAUCUGACUGCGCCUAACACACCGUGGAUCGUCUAUGGAGGCUCGUACGCUGGAGCCCAGGCGGCCUUUGUGAGGGUCGUCUAUCCAGACACUUUUUGGGGUGCCAUCUCCUCUUCUGGAGUGACGGUGGCCAUUUACGACUACUGGCAGUAUUUCGAGCCCGCCCGGCUCUAUGGCCCACCCGACUGCAUCAAAAACACUCAGAUCCUGAUUGAUGUCAUCGACGGUAUCUUGAUCCGUCAAAACGACACGGCCCAAGUUCAGGCACUCAAGGACGUCUUUGGCAUGCCCGACGUUCUUGACAACCGCGACUUUGCAGGUCAAAUCACCGGCGUCUAUGGUCUUCAAAACACAAACUGGGAUCCAGCCGAGAACUCGGGCUCUUUCUUCAACUACUGCCAAAACAUCACCUUUGCGGAACCCCAAGGUGAAAACCUCCGCCCGGCCGUCGCCGCCCUCGUUGAUACUGCUGGCUACACGAACAAUAGCCUUGUGCAAAACAUCACCCUCAACGCCAUCACCUGGCUCAACCGCACGGCACUCGCUUCGCAACGAGCCUCGAACCGCACGCAAAACGCGUACUUCACCACCCUCAACGCUACAGCCCUCCAGUCCUACACCACGCUCCAAGACUAUGCCGCAACCAGCUGGCCGUACCAAGUCUGCACGGAAUGGGGUUACAUCCAAACGGGCAACACGCCACCCGACCUCAUGCCCCUCAUCUCCCGCACUCUUGAUCUAGACUACCUAACUUUCUUCUGCCGCGCACAAUUCAACCUGACGACCCCGCCGGACAUUGAUCGCGUCAACAAAUACGGGAAUUAUAGUAUUGCCUACGAGCGGCUUGCGCAUAUUGGCGGCAACGCGGAUCCCUGGCGGCCUGCGACGCCUCUUUGGUAUCCCGAGGCACGGAAUACGUCGACGAGCGAGCCGUGGUUGAUGAUUAGCCAUGGGGUCCAUCAUUGGGAGGAGAAUGGCGUGUUUGAAAAUGAGACGACCAAGGAGAUUCCGCCGCCCCAGGUCGUAUAUGCCCAGCAGUACCUGAAGAAUUUCGUCGUCGACUGGUUGGAUGAAUUUGAUAGGCAAAAAGGGAGCCAUGUUGAGCUUUAG